GACUUCGAAGCGCGAUAACUUCUGUUUCUCCAUUCCGCUUGUCGGUUGUUGAGUCAUGGCUGUGUCAGUUGUUGGUUUUGAUAUUGGCUCUUUGACUUCUUACAUUGGUGUCGCUAGAGGUGGCGGAGUCGAAGUGAUUACAAACGAGUAUAGUGAGAGGGCUACACCAACAUGUGUUGCUUUUUCCGGGGAAUUAGUUCUUGUGGGAACAGCUGCCAAGUUACAACAAGUUAUGAAUAUCCAGAAUACUUUUACAAGCUUUACUCGGCUGCUCGGAAAGUGUCUGUCAGACUCCUCAGUUGUGAACGAAAGAAAGUUCAUGACCCAUCAAGUUGAAUCAACUCGUGAUGGUCGCAUCACACUUUCAGCUUUUCUGAAAGGCCAAAAAACUCCUUUUGCCCCUGAGCAAAUUUUGGCAAUUCAAAUGAAUAAACUUAAGGAUAUUGCAGAGACUACUAUUGGUUCUAAAGUGGUCGAUGUUGUUGUCAAUGUUCCUACUUACUUCACAGAUGCCGAACGAAGAUCUGUAUUAGAUGCCACAAAAGUGGCAGGAUUAAACUGUGUGAAGCUAGUGAAUGAUAUAACUGCAAUUGGUACCGCGUACGGGUUUUACCACACAGACUUACCACCAGCUGAUCAACAGCCGAAAAUAGUGGCAUUUGUCAGUGUUGGUUAUAGUACUACGCAAGUUGGUAUCUGCAGUUUCAACGCAGGCAAGAUGAAAGUCCUUGCAACUACGUGUGAUGCUUUUCUUGGUGGUCGGGAUUUUGACGAGAGGCUUUUCAACAAAUUCGCCAGUGAAUUUCAGCAACAGUACAAACUGAAGGGUUCACUAUCAUCAAAAGCGACUAUAAGGUUGCUUCAGGAAUGUGAAAAGCUCAAGAAGUCAAUGAGUGCUAAUUCCUCGGAGUUACCAAUCAACGUCGAGUCCCUAGCAGAAGAUCGAGAUUUAGCGAAUAAGAUGAAGCGCACUGAUUUCGAAGAAUUGUGCUCGGAUCUCUUGGAGCGGUUUCAAAUGUUGUUUACAAAAUGUCUUGAUGUGGCUAAGUUGAAGUCGGGAGAUGUACACUCAGUGGAACUUAUUGGUGGUUGUUCACGUAUACCUAUGAUAAAGAAUGUUGUCGCAUCUGUCUUCAAACAAGAAGGCAAAACUAGCUUAAAUGCCGACGAAGCUGUAGCUCGUGGAUGUGCAUUCCAGGCAGCUAUCUGCUCCCCAGCUUUCAAGGUGAAAGACUUCACUGUCGUUGAACAAUGUCUGUAUCCUAUUAUAAUACAAUUUGAUCAAGAGGAAGGUAGCGAACAGUGCAUGCAAACUGAAGAAAUUGAUGGUACAUUAACGACACAGGGUAAAAAUAUGUGCAUCGAAGUUUUUCCUUUUCUCCAUCCUAUUCCUUCUUCACGUCAGAUUGUUCUUUUACGACAUGGUGUUUUUACUUUGGAAGCUCGGUAUGCAAAUAAAGAUAGCUUACCAAACCAAAAUAUUGUCAUUGGGACUUUCAGAAUAGGAGACGCUUCUCAAGUAUUCACGGAGCCUCGUAAAAUCAAGCUUAAAAUGCGUAUGAAUACCCAUGGUAUUUUCAAUAUUUCACAAGCACAAUUAGUAGAAGAGUAUGAAAAGGAAGUUGAAGUUAAUGUUUCUGAGGACAAUCCUGUAGUUGAUGGACCUCCAAACUCCAAACAGGAAGUAACCACAGCUAGCAAUGGAGAUACUGAUAGUCAGAAUCCCCCGGUGGACUCCAACCAAACAGAAAUGCAAGAUUCUACUUCACCGAAAAAGAAGACAGUAAUGAAAAAGAAGAAAUUCACCAAGUAUCAUGAUUUGAGCAUUGAAGUUAGUAAUAUGCAGUUCACUACAAAACAACUCAAUGAGUUCUGUGAAAUUGGGGCUAAUCUCAUUCAACAGGACAAACUGGAACGAGAACGAGUCAAUUCCAAAAAUGCAGUUGAGGAGUAUGUUUAUGAAAUGCGGUCUAAACUUCAAGGACCAUUAAAUCCGUUCGCUUCAUCUGCUGAGUCAGAAUCACUACUUCAGUUAUUAGAUAUGACAGAAGAGUGGUUGUAUGGUGAUGGUGAGAGUUUAAAACGUCACGUUUAUGUAGAAAAGCUCGCCGAGUUAAGGAGCAAGGGAGAUCCAAUUGUCCAUCGAGCGAACGAACAUCUUAAUCGUCCUUUAGCCGUUGACAACUUCAAUCGAUCGCUUGUGGUGAGUUAUCUCAUUAGCGUGUAUUCGCUACACUGUAUUCCAUUCACUAAACCUGCUAAGUCUAACAUUAUAUGAGUCUAAACUACAGUACUAGCCAUAUCUAGUCAUCUCAAAAAUAAUGUUCUGAAUUCCAUUCUAUCUGGUUUAAAUGUCUCGGUGGUGCCUUCACCCUCAAUGCAGUCUAGUCCUUUGAUAUCUGUAUAAAUCACUGACUAACAGUAUUUGCCACGUUUGCAUAAAAUUGUGUGAUGACUGAAAUCCCACCAAAUUUGGUGGCUAUGUAAAGUUAGCAUUUGCAAGAAAGAGGCGGUUAUCUAAGCAUAGCUGCCACAGACGGUCGCCAUUAUCUGUUCUUUGAGCCACGACGCCAUAAAAUCCACCCAGGUGUCUUUCCUCUUAGUUUACCUACUUGAGCAAUAAAGUCACCAGCCAUUAUUACUGCACCAGAGCGCCCAACCUUUUGGAGGUCAGAAAGCUUUCUGUGAAACACAUCUUUUAUCUCAUCUGAGUUGCAGUCAGUGGGAGAGUAGGUAGAGACGACAAGUGUCUCUAUCUUUCCUAGUCCUUACUGUUCCGUCUAGUCGGACAGCGCACAAGCGACUGUCUGCCAGGAUCCAGUCUAAGAGAGCCAGUUCUGCCCUUGGACUCAAUACAACACCUACACCAGCGAGGCCACGGGAAGCAGCGUCAGGGUUUCCAGGUAUACGAAGCGUUUAUCAGGAUGGUUCUUUAUUUUGAUACAGUGAGUUCAAAUGAAUGACGCUACUCGAAUCCUGUAUGCGCGUUUCGGGGAUGCAGCAUACAUCGAUGACCCGAGAUUCUAAAGUCCUAGCUAAGGAAGCCUGUUGUCCUAUUUGGCACAGUGUUCAGACGUUAAAAGCUCCUACAUGUAGUUUAGAGCGUGGUUUCAAGAGACCAGGAAUAACGUUCCGCGGACUCGAAUCGUUUGCCCUAGCGGUGCGAGGUGAUAAAGGAACGUGAGAAGGGUUAGUAGUGGAGAUAAGAGAGUUAUUAGGAGUUGUAGGAAAGAUUUGAAUAUGACCAACUUGGUCUCGUGUGCUGAUAUCACUUCCCGGCUGCCCACACCGUGGAAGAGUAUUUUUGAGGAACCUGAAAAAAAAAGGUGAAUUAAUGUUGGUCUUAACGUCCUAGAAGCGUGACCGCAGAGCCCAAGGGACAGCUGCGUGAGACUGGUCGCGCACGGCUUUUUUGUGGGAGGUUUUAAACGUGUUAUCUCCGUUCUUCAAAGGGCCUUAUCACCGAAGACAGAGAUCCGUGAGGUGGGACAUUUUAGGGUCGAACUUUUUAAACCCCACCCUUUCUUGUGAGAAGGUAGCAUUGCUGAAGAUGUUAGUUGUUCGAUGGAAACACCUUACUGCUGUCACACCCCUCUACAGUCAACAGUAUGACUUCGCCCUCAGACCUUGAGUUGCUUCUUUUAGUCUUACCUUUCUCUAAUCUACAUACUUGGUAUGGUAGAACCUACAGGAACAUAUGUUCCAGCCAAUAUAGCUCUGCUGGGUCAUCACGAUAAACAAGCCCAACCACCACGUAAUGUAGCAGCUACGGUCGGGUAUAUCCCAAGAUGGUUGACGACAAAUGCCAAAUCUAUCUUAUACGAGUCCGUAUUUUGGUCAAAGUAAACGAUCAAGAUUAUCACUGCUGUUGGUGUUUUAUCGUUCAAUCUCUUUCUGGUGAUUUGAGUUUGCCUUCGUCACUUCCGCCAAAAUAGCGUGUGCUUUUCCAUCUAUAUUCAAAAGAAUCGUUCAGCUAAAAACAGUGACAAAUAUUAUUUGCUUUUUUAACUAAUGACACUUGAUAUCAGUCAGUUUGAUUAUAAAGGAAGUUAAUAGAAGAUUGUAUAUCGAAAACUAAUGUUCGAGUUGAUAAUCACUUUAGAACUUUGUAUUGUCCAAACAGGUUUUUAAAAUCGUAUACGACGAAAUAGAUUGUAACACAGCAACCUAAUUAAAACUCCAGAUUCCUAGGACUUUAUUUCAACUUGUGAUAGUUGUAGGUGCUCAAGUCUAUAAAAUCACUUUUAUAAUGUAUUUUUAUUUAACUGAAUUAAAUCUAAAUUUUUUCAUACAAAUGAUAUCAUUGGUUCUGUCGAUUCAAACAAGUGGCAUCAAAAAGAUUUUCGAAAACUACUAAGGUAGACCAAGGUAACCAUUUUUCUCAGACUAAGCUAAACAUUAUGGCUAGCUCACUAACCUCCAAAGUACUUGACGGUACAUUUUUUGUCUUAAUAAAAUCCAACGUCUUAAUGAAAAUCUUAUUCCACUCAAUAUUUGUUUAAAAUGUAAGAAAUAUAUUUAAUCUUAUAACCGUACAUAGUUAUGAAAAUUCUUCCUGGUCUUUACCAAAAACCACACAUUGUUUAUCUGUUUCCAUCAUAGUCAACACACUUAAGUGUUAGCAAAAGUAUGAUAUACUUGUAAUUGUAUAGUAUUUGCAAUCUGUUUUUUUGGUUGUCUCAGUUGGAAAAUUUUCCUAUAUUUGACUUUCUUUGUUGUACAGCGUAUAAGGAAAGUGUUAGACAGUAUUGCAGCUGGAGAACCAACUUAUGAUCACUUAACACAGGCGCAAGUUAAUCAGCUGGAAGAUACGAUAGUACAAUAUGAGACCUGGUUGAACCAGCAAAUGGUGCAACAAAACCCUCGACCACAAACUUCAGAUCCUGUAGUUAAAGUUACAGAUAUCGUAUCUCAACAGCAGGCCAUGGAAUCAGUAUGUCAUCCAAUUAUCAAUACUCCAAAGCCUCCAACGGCGUCUCAUACAAAUAAUACUCCAGACCUUAACUCUCAAAAUUCUGGACAGUCCAACGAUGUGAAUAAUCCAAACACAAAUUGUAACCCCGGAACAAAUCAUUCCAAAAAGGGUGCUGAUGAUGAACAAAAUAUGGACUUAGAUUGAUGGAAUAUGACUUAUUUCUUUGAAAUCUUAUAAUGUUUCAUUCAGCAUUUUAUCCAAUUCUU